AGAAUUUUAAAUGGUUUGGUGACGUCAAGGAGGCCGUUGAGGGUGGGAGGAGGUGGUCGAGGGAUCCUGAAAGUCAUUGCCAAGUUCUCAUCGUCAUUAAAGGAAAGAUAGGAAAUGAGAAAUUGCUUUGCAAUGUAUAGCAGCUCAUGAAUGCUGCUCUCCCAAGCCAUUCUAGUAUUAUACUUUCUAUCCAAAGUGAGAUGGAAAUCCAAAGAACGUUCUUCUAAUUUGAGCAAGUUGCAGGUCGCCAAAAUAAUCCGUUCUCAUCAAAAUGUUGGAAAGUCAUCCGGAGUCCGAAGAAGCGCUUACGAACAAGCCGCGGGUUGCCAAAGGGAAUACGUUGAGCACAAUGGACAAAAAACUGAACCUCUUGAACGAAAAGGUAGACAGAUUAUUGAAUUUCCAGGAGGACUUGACAGGGAAGCUGCAGAAAGUGAACCAAGGGAUUGAUGAUUUGGGGCAAGGCCUUCAGAAGCUGUCCGUGCCUGUUGAUAGUGGCACGAAGGAAGGUCUGAAAAUGGAAGGUGAGGUUCCUCAGACGGAUACCCAGAGCGUGUGUGGUGAGAUCCUAAAGCUGAUCAAAGCAACGCAUCAAGAUAACUCAGUGUACAGCGAGAGGAUUGAAAAGAUGGAGAAGAUGAUGGACUCGGUGGACAAAAUUGUGACGUUUUUGGGAGAAACGUUUAAAAACUCUAAGGUGGUGGACUUUAUUCUGAAGGGUGGACUUCCUUGGCGGAAAGGGAGCCCAGUGGAAAUCCUACCUGAGACUAAAGAUAAGCCAGAAGAGAAAGGUGCCAAAGGGAAGCAUGCACCUGCCAACAAAGGGAUCCAGGCAGAAGGCAAGACUUCCUUGGAAGAAAACAAAAGGGAGAAAAAAUUGGAUGAAUGUAUUGAAGGAUGUGAAAAGGUGAAUUCAGCCAGUUCUGUCGUUUCCAAAGUUGACUCCAGCCUCCAUGUCAAGGAAAGGAUGGCCCAGCUGGAAAGAGCCGAAAUGCCUGGACAGACAAAGGGCAGCAAAGUGUCUCCAAAGCAAAAGGAAAGCGGCAUCAAGACUGUGGUCCAGAAGAGUGGACUGGUUUCUAGCAAAAGCAGUGCAAAUCCCCCAGGAAACCAGAAUAUGGACACAACCUCCUCUGGCCUGGAAGACCUUCCUCAGAAGCCCAAGGAAAUUGGGAAAAACACCUCCAGACUCAGCUCUCCCAUGAAAGAAGUUGAUCCUUCUGCCUCAAAGUCUGGCAGUGAUGUUGUGCGGACAAGGCUUUCGAUUAAUGUCCAAAUGACCGACGCUCAAAGCAAGUCUUCAAAAAGCAAAGAAGGAGCCACCAGCAGCCCCGGAGGCAAGAGUACAGAGUCAUCAGCCGUUGUUCCUUCACUUCCAGUUGGUGAAGGAGCAAAACAUUUGCCCGAACCUUGUAAAGCAAAGCAGCUUUCUAAGGGCAGCAGGACUGAACCCACACAGGAACUAAAAGGACGGAAGCCUUUUACUAAGCCAGGGGAAAAACAGACACCCAAACCUCAGGUCCUACCAUCAGCGCCAUCUCCAAAGACUGAAGAAAACACAGAGAGUCAAUGCAAGGCUGUGCCAUGCCUAGUUUCUGUUGCAAAAGACCCAGGGAAAGAUCCAGGAAGCCCAGUGCAAAGCCCUGAGGAAACAACAACAGGAAUGAAAGACUCUGGGAAAGAUGUCAAGCCAGAAAACGUGGAAUUGAGGAGCCUGGCGUUAAGGAGACGGGAGAGCAGAUCCAGUCAAGGGGCCGAGACACCGUCGGAAAAUGCCUCAUUGCAAGUGCCUGGCAAAGCAGAGGAGGUGGUCAUUGACGACAGCCCUCCACCUCCGGCUCCUUUCGAACAUCGCAUUGUGAGCAUCAAGCAAACCGAGUUAACAGCCUCUUAUGCAAUAUGCCAGCAUGAAGUCUUGGGAGGCGGGCGCUUCGGUCAAGUGCACAAGUGUGACGAAAAGUCAACCGGGCUCUGCCUUGCGGCCAAAAUCAUCAAAGUGAAAGCAGCAAAAGAAAGGGAGGAAGUGAAAAAUGAGAUCAAUAUUAUGAAUCAACUGAACCAUGUCAAUUUGAUCCAGCUCUACGAUGCUUUUGAGUCCAAGAACAACCUUACCUUAAUCAUGGAAUAUGUGGAUGGCGGUGAGUUGUUUGACCGGAUCAUAGAUGAAAACUACAACCUGACUGAGCUGGAUGCGAUCCUCUUUACCAAACAAAUAUGCGAAGGGAUCCACUACUUGCAUCAACAAUAUAUCCUUCAUCUGGACCUGAAGCCUGAGAACAUACUAUGUGUGAAUCACACGGGAAACCAGAUUAAAAUAAUUGAUUUUGGAUUGGCACGGAGGUAUAAACCCCGUGACAAGCUGAAAGUGAAUUUUGGCACUCCGGAGUUCCUGGCUCCUGAAGUGGUGAACUAUGACUUUGUCUCAUUCCCGACGGACAUGUGGAGUGUUGGCGUCAUAGCAUAUAUGCUGCUCAGCGGCUUGUCGCCUUUCCUUGGAGAAACGGAUACAGAGACCAUGAAUUACAUUGUCAACUGCAGCUGGGAUUUUGACGCAGAAGCCUUUGAGCAAGUGUCAGACGAGGCCAAAGACUUUGUCUCCAGGCUCCUCAUCAAGGAAAAAAGCGGCAGAACGAGUGCAGCCAAGUGCCUUAAGCACGAAUGGCUGACGGACCUUCCAUCCAAAGCCAAGAAGUCCAAGGUCCGUUUAAAGUCUCAGCUGCUGCUACAGCGUUACAUGGCUCAGCGCAAAUGGAAGAAACAUUUCUAUGUAGUAGCCGCUGCCAACAGGUUGAGAAGGUUCCCCAGCCUGUCUGAGAGUCCGGUGUGAUCGGUUGUCGAUCAGCGAAACACAGAAUGACUUGAAGAUUGUAGCAUCCAGCUCAACUCCAUGCCCACUUGGCCAUCAGAUUUCUUUCCCCAUCUUCCAUUACAUUCAUAGCCACAAAGUGUGUUCCAGUUUCAGUCUCCAAGACAAGUAGGAUCCAGUGGUUUGUAGCAGAAGAGAAGUGGUUAUCUCCUUUGACAAGUUUCCACAAGGAAGAUAGGGGUGGAAAAGGCUUAUAUUUGAAGUCUCUUCUUUUUCACAUUUUGGUGCCUCUAAUAUUAGCCCUGUUUCUGGGUCUAUUUGACUUGCCAAUUCCAAAAAUGGCACCGGUUUCCUCCAUCAGCCAUAUAGCAGUCACUUAUACAGAAUCAUGAUAACCCUAUCUAAGAAACUAGAGCUAUUUAUUCAAUAGUUUUCUGAAUCUUUGCCCCAAACAACCUAAGAAACAGGUCCAAAAACCAAGACUAUUUCUAAAUGUAUUAAUAUGUCAGCAAUUAGUCAUGAUCUCUUCUGAGACCAAUCUUUUAAACAUGAGCUGGGAUUCAAUAUGGCAGUUAUGUAUGUAUGGCCUAGAGUUGUUGGUUCAUGAUGGUUUCAUAUUGACUGUCCCUAUAUAUUCAGUAGUUUGGAGAAUACAGAAGAGACUAUAUUUACUGGGCAGCAGCCAUUGUGAGAGACACAGAUCUGGUCCCAUGAAGCAGGAAGCAACUGACUGAUAUCCUCACAUUCCUUCAUUUGUGUGAUCACCAGUGUGAUAAUGGCUUUCAGCAGUGAUCCCGUUUUGGCUUUUUUCAAUGGUUAUCGCUCACUAAAAACUGGGCAAACAUUAGUCAGAUGCUUCCAGAUAAAUUGACGGAGGAACAGAUCUCAACUGCUUGCAGUGGCUGCUGCCCAGUCGAUACAGAUUUGGACUGGGGGACACUGGUUUAAGUAGCUAGGUACGUGAUACAGAAUUACAGCUAUGAUAUUUCAGGUCUAAGAACCUCAGGGGAUGCAUAGAUAGAGACCUUGAUGUAGUCAAAAGCGAUACAGCAUUACAAGGGGGCUGCGUGGAAUAUUUUUUGCUCUGAAUGUAGGUAACUACUUAUGGUGCAUCUAUUCUAGAAUUAAUGCCAUUUGUUUUACAAAAGGAGCACAGCUUCCUAAUCUCUUAAACAGUUUAGAUGGGAAACCUUGGAACUAUAUCAAUAUGGAAACCCUGAGAAGGGGAACGCCAAUGUUGAUUCACCCGUAAAUGAACUAAGCGAGGCACAACAAAUGGAAAAAAAAUUAAAAAAUAUAUUUAUUUGCUUUUUGA